CUCCGGACCGCAGCCAAUCAGGGCGCGCAGAGGAACCAGCCACUGGAGUUGUUUGGCGCCUGGGAUCAGUGCGAAAAGUCCCGUCAGUGUCAAAGCAGCAGCGGUGGUGCCAUGGCAGCCGGAGGAGCGAAGUCCGUUGUCUUCGGAAAACACGGAACAACUGCGUAACGGACGUCGUAAAACAAUGGUCAUAUCCUGGUGAUGGUGGAGGAAGAUGUCUCUGUGCGUCGAGUUAUUUGCGUCGAGGAACGAUGAAUAAAAGGAAGGGGUUUUCUAACACAGCUGCCAAAAUACUGAAUCAUCCUCGGAUACCAGCAUUCUCCUAUAGCAAAAUUUAAUCUUUGGUGAUGGAGAGCUUAAGUGAACUGCAGAAUCCACUACUGGACAAAACCAGUCGUCAAGUGGUGCAAAAUGACUACCAGGGCUAUCAGUGUGACUAUACUGGCCCACCCUAUCAGGACAGCCUCAUCGGAUACUACUACACCGGAAGCAGCGGCAAACACAAGACGCAGCAGUACCUAGACGCUACCUCUCUUCACGUCGCUGUUGAGGCCUUCUACAAACCAGGCUUCAUUCUGUACAAGGACGACGUCAGUCUACAUAGCAAAGAUUCCAAGAGCGAGAGCUUCGAGACCACGUUUACUGAGAGUAAGGACACAGAUACGGUCACCACUGAGAUCAUCCUGGACAACACACAAGGGGAGAAGGAUGUGAAGAUCCACACAGUGUCCUAUGAUGUGGAAGAGGAGCAUGUUCCAGAGUAUGAGAGUGACAGCUCCAGCGAUAGCGAGAGUGAGGAUAACUUCAUUGUACUGCCCCCGCGGGACUACCUGGGUCUCGCCAUCUUCUCCAUGCUCUGCUGCUUCUGGCCCUUGGGCAUUGUUGCCUUUUACUACUCUCACAAGACCGGCAAGGCCAUUUCAAAGGGAGACUUCUCCAGAGCAGGAAUGAGCUCUCGAAGGGCACUAUUCCUGGCCGCCCUCUCCAUCACCGUGGGAACAGGGAUGUAUGUGGGCGUGGUAGUGGCACUCAUCGCCUACCUGUCCAAAUCUGGGCAUGUAUAGCACUGACACCAUGGGAUACAAUGUGACAGACAUAAGGGAGACCAUGGGACAGGUGUCACUAAGUUCUUCUCAUAACAUGUGAACUGGUGACUGGCUGCGUUGGAUGGAACUUAAAUUAUAUAUUUAUCUGAUCUGAAUCAUCAUUGAUGUGGCACAGCACUCCCACUGAAGUAUUCCACAAAAAGAAGAGGAGCUCAAACGACUUUUAUGUACUUCAGUUACAAAGAAACUGAGCUCCUCGCACUGAAUUCAAAUGGAUCUACUACCUACCUUGUACCCAAAUAUCAGCUAAACAGUAAUCUUAUUAUCAGUAAAUACUACAGAUUGUGUAUUGUGCACUUUGUAACUAAAUCAUUUGGAAUACAUGCAACCAGUGAAUUUUGAAUCUAUUCAGUGGUAUUUAAUGGACAAUUCAACAAAGGCAGUUGUCAGUGCACAGAAACCAGUGAGCUGUGGUUCAGAAGGUGUUUAUUGUGUACUGUAAAUAAAGUCAAUAAACUCAUCUGGCAUGAUAAA